AUGAGCGGAGAAAAAGAGAGAACAAAACAGAACUCACACAUGCAUUACAAGCAUCAAACACCUAAACCUGACGGUUCAAGUGCUCCAAAGAAUCCUCCUUUGGAAGCAACCCACCGAAGCAACACACAAGUGAAUCAUAUGCUUUUCUCAUCUUCGGUGCAUACUACCCAGCUUGAUACAAUCCCUGUAGUCAAUCCAAGUCCAACUGGAUUGACUCCCACACCUUUUGUGAACCCGACAACAUCACCACCAGCACCUACCACAACAGACCCAGGCACAAUGCCAACGCCGACACCACCAACCACAACCCCAACCCCAAACCCAACACCACCAACCACAACAGACCCAGGCACAAUGCCAACGCCAACGCCACCAACCACAACCCUGACCCCAACCACUCCCACCACCACAACUCCUACAUCAUCAGGUGGAACUUGGUGUAUUGCCAGCCAAGCAGCUUCACAAACUGCCUUACAGGUAGCUCUUGAUUAUGCUUGUGGCUAUGGAGGUGCAGACUGUGCAGCUGUUCAACAAGGCGGAAGCUGUUAUAACCCAAACACUCUCCGUGAUCACGCUUCCUACGCCUUCAAUGAUUACUACCACAAGAACCCAGCUCCUACUAGCUGCAAUUUUGGAGGAACAGCUCAAAUCACCAACACUGACCCAAGUACCGGUAGCUGUCACUAUUCAUCAUCCACAGCAUCAACCAGCACGUAUUCACCAGUUAACCCGUCACCACCACCCCCAACAACGAUGACAACACCAACGAUGCCAACUCCAUACACCCCAAGCAUUGCUACACCAGGUGGUGGAUCUACAAUUUAUGGUUCGGAACCAACAGAGUCCCCCAACUCAGCCACCUCUAUCUCAUCUUGCAUGCUGCUGCUAUUCACCACGACUGGGCUCUUGGGGUCACUUCUUGCAGCAAAUUAUCUCUAA